CGACCUAAGAUCAAAUAUGUGUGGAGCCUGGCUGUCUACGUCAAAGUGCAGAGAGCGUGGGAGAAUGUGGAGUGGGUGUGGGGUGGGGGGCUGCAAUUGACGCAACAAGCGCAUGGCACCUUUGCUUGCCUAUCUAGUAUCAACUCGCACCCAAAAUGGUCCACAACAUAGAUACUGGCGCAGCAUCGCCUUCUCUCAAGCUCACAUCGCUCGGCUCUCCACUGCGAUCACCUAUUCCCAGGAGGGACAGCAGAGACAUGUCAUCGUCGCACCGCCAAUCAUUCAGCGAGCGCGGCAUUCCAAACUCUCCACGCCAGCGUAAUGCCUCGUUGUCGCAGCAGGCCAUUCAGGAUUUGAUCAACAACCCUCCUGUCGGUCGCAAAGAUGACGCUCUCCCCAAGUUUGCAGGCCGCGACUGGCGUACGAUCACCUUGGCAGAGAUACUGGUACCUGAUGAGGUCCGUUUCGUCGAGGUCAACAGCACCAUUGAAGCUGCCACAAAGUUGUUGAUCGAGUCUGGAGCACCCAAUGUCAUCCUCAUCCGCGACUCGCCCUCGUCCCACCGCGCCAUUGGCCAGUUCGACUACGACGACCUGAAUGCCUACCUCCUACUCGUUACUGGCCUCGCCCGUCCUCAAGAUUCAGACUUCGAUCAGGUCGACAAGAUUGUCUCUCGUGCUCGUACAAACCAACCUGUCGAGCUUGGCCGUGUCAAGCAUCUACUCGGUCGUAAAGAAAUACCUGCCUUCUGUGACGCUUCAGCCACGUUAGCUCGUGCUGUCGAGAUAUUCGGUGGAGGCUGCCAUCGUAUCAUUGUUCGCUCGGACGGCUCGGAAGAUGUUGUGGGCGUCUUGAGUCAAGUCAGACUCGUACGUUUCCUAUGGGAGAACAGCGCUAGUUUCCAGCCUGUCGAGCAGCUACACAAUCGCUCGCUAAAGGACUUGGAACUGGGGAGUCACAAUGUCAAAUCCAUCAAUGGCGAUCGUCCACUCAAGGACGCUCUGUUGCUGAUGCACAGCGAAGGCAUCACCUCGCUUCCCGUCUUGGACACCCACAAGAAUGUCAUUGGCAACAUCUCACACGUCGACGUCAAGCUGUUGACCAACACCUCGGCACUCCCUCUGCUCGACUCUUCAUGCAUCCACUUUAUUACUGUCAUUCUCUCAGAACGCGGCAUGAACGACGGCCAAGACUCGUACCCCGUCUUCCAUGUCAACCCAACCAGUACUCUCGCUCAUACUAUUGCAAAACUCGUCGCAACCCGAUCCCAUCGUAUGUGGAUUGUCGACGCACCAUCGCCCGGCUCUUCCAUCCCACCCUCACCACAUCUUGGCCCUUCAGUCACCGCGCCACCACCUGUGCUCUCGCAACUCUCUUCCACUCCUGCCGGUCCACCUUACACACCAGCGACACCCAAUGUCUCCGUCUCGGCAUCAGCACUGCCUGGAGCCACUCUUGGAGGUCACCUGAAUGGUGUUGUCAGCUUGACUGAUUUGCUCAACCUUUUCGCACGUAUGUCUGGACUCAGCCCGUUGGAUCCAGACGAGACUAGACGUCGACGUCGCAGAAGUAGCAGUCACUCCUCUAUGCAGGCCAGUGUCGACAGCUUCAGGAGUAGUAUGGAUAUUGGACGCACUGGCAGUCAGCGUAGAUGAGUGUGAUCUCUCGCAACGAGUUUCUGGCUUCAUUCUCACCACGUUCUUUUGACGUGAUAUAGUGUAUGCAGCGGUGGCGUUUUUGUUUUGUUUCGGAGGACUCGAUUCGACAUUAUCGACGGCGUUCCAAUUCUGUUUCUGGUUUUUUCAUUCUUCGUCUCUGCGGGCAUAUGAAGAGCUGGAUUGAUCUUUACAAGGU